GUACGCUAUCAAUCAUAUAUAUCCUAUCAAAAUACGAUCCUAAAUCUGAGAUAACCUAAAAAUAUUAUGUUCUCACUUCAAUAUUUGAGACUAAGAUGUGUUCCUUAUGUAGUCCACAAAUGCUUCAUUUCAAGACGAUAUUGCAUUCUGCCGAAAACUGACAUAAUCAAAGUUCGAAGAGCUACCUUAGAUGAUUAUGAAAACGUAAUUCAAAUACGAGACCAAAGAGAACUUUAUGGAGGUUAUGACCCAUUACCAGAUACCUACAAAAUGCUUGUAGAAAGUCCAAACACCAUAGCAUACGUUGCAACUGCAAAUGAAAAACCGGUUGGGUUGCAGUUUUCAUCGUUAAUUGAUAAUGGAGAAACAAUCGGAUUGUUCGGAUUAAGAGUUUCAGCAAAAUACCAUAAAUAUGGUUUACCAGAGAAAAUGUUCAUUCACCUAAGCACUGAACCUGUCUACCAAGGAUUUGCAAUGCAAUUUAUAACUUGCUUAGAUGGAACAUCCAGCGAGAAGUUUUCAAGUGGAUUUUAUCUCAGGUGUGCAGAGAAAGUAAUGUCCAAGAAAAUGGUGCAAUACCUUACAAGCAGCAAAAAGAUUGCAGACAACUUAAUUCACAACGAAAAUAACCCAGUCGCAGCGCAUGUUAUUACCAUUAACCAUCUUAAAGUAUUAUUUUCUUCCCUUAUACGAUGCAAUUAUCUUUUCCCAGAAGGCCGAUUGUUGAUAUAUUGGAUGGCGUACCGAAUACUUCCUUCAAAUAUCCCUUUAAUUAUGAAUAAAAGGACAACGACUGUUGCCUCGUGUUUGCAUCAACCUAAAAACGCACUAAUAACAAUAGGAACAUAUGCUUAUACUUUCAACGGAUUGUUCUACCACCUUGAUGUUUAUGGUAAUACUGACACAAAUUUUAAAGAUCAUCUCUCCCUCCAUCUAAAAAAAAUUGUAUGUCUUGCAGCAGAUACCAUUUGCUUGGAAAUAGUACUACCAGACGAAACACCAAGCAAAAGAAUUGACGAAGCGUUUCUGCAGUUUGGAUUUGAAAGAAACAGCAACAGUAAUCAUUUUAAAGUGGAUGCAUGGGAGAAAAGCACCAAAUCAAUUCCUGAGUCUGAGAACAAAAAAUAGUAC